CAAUUGUCAUGCCCCAACACAACCCCAAGGGGGCAGCACUUUCCCAGGAAAUAAGUGACUAAAUCAAAACACUGUUCAUUAUGUUCUUUAGUUUUUUCAAAUGCAUUUUCUGUUAUUUCUCCGGGGCUAUCUGGAGGUUUUGGCGUAAAUACGAUUUAUAUAAGGAGUGAACUGAAUAGCCUACACAAUUAUUUAAACGUUGUUUUAGUCCUUAGGACUCCAGUCACUUUACUUAUUGAGCGAACGCUGCCCUCUUGUGGUUCCGUUGAAUAAUUACAGCAGGGUAAUAUUUUCACAGGUAAAUGUCAAACAGAUGGAUAGGAGCUAAUAAUCUUUGUGUCAAACUGUACUUUCACUUGGGAAAAUGUAGGCCCUAGUUUGUUGUAAUCCCUCAAGAGAUCAACGAAGUGUUUUUUUUUACAGGGACGAGCAAAAAGAACAUGACGUUUUAAUAGAUUGGUUAGCUGGAAAUGUCACGAAAACAAAUGUGCACGUUUCUAUGGGGGGCAGAAGUCAGUGUGAUUCUGGAUGGCCAGAUUGCUAGCAAGAAUGAGAAGUGCCAUGUGGGGAAUCUUGUGCAAGCGUUGAUUUUGUUGCAAAACAACCAACCCUUCUAAACCUAUCGUCACAGCUUCACCAUGGCUCGCGGCUGCCUCUGCUGCGUCAAAUACAUGCUGUUCCUUUUCAACCUGCUCUUCUGGUUGGGGGGCUGUGGUUUGUUGGGUGUGGGGGUGUGGUUGUCUGUGUCCCAGGGCAGCUUUGCCACCCUAUCACCAUCCUUCCCCUCCAUCUCUGCUGCCAACCUCAUCAUCACCCUGGGUGCUGUCAUCAUGGUUACAGGCUUCCUGGGUUGUCUGGGUGCCAUCAAGGAGAACAAGUGUCUGCUGCUGAGUUUUUUCAUCACGUUGUUGGUUAUUCUGUUGGUGGAGCUGAUCCUACUCAUCCUGUUCUUCGUAUACACAGACAAUGUGAGUGAGAACGCCAGACAGGACCUGAAAGAGGGACUUACUCUGUACAGCACCAACAACAACGCAGGCCUCCGCAACGCCUGGAACACCAUACAGACAGAGUGGCAUUGUUGUGGGGUGAAUGGGUACACAGACUGGCACACUGCCCUGCAGGAGAAGGUGGUUCCUGACCACUGCUGCCAGAAUAUCUACCAGGACUGUGGGCGAAAUGCCACCAACCAGUUCUGGACACAGGGUUGCUAUGAGAAGGUGGAGGAGUGGCUGGAUGACAAUAAACACCUGCUGGGAACCAUCGCCAUGUGUGUUCUGGUCAUACAGCUCCUGGGUAUGGCCUUCUCCAUGACUUUGUACCAGCAGAUCCACCGAUCCGGGAAGAAGUACGAAGCUUAGAACACACACAGAGUUUGAGACCCAUUACUUGUAUACAAAAUUAUACUCUAAAAAGACGCACACAUGCCACAAAACAGCUUAUUUAGUGUUUUGUGGCACCCUUGUAUCAUUUUGUGCACAAAGGCAAUAUUGUUUUUUAAUUAUCAUCUUUAUCAUUAUAAUCAGUGUUCUUGGCCAGGAUUCAAUCCGAUCGCGGUUUGUCAACAAUGCACCGUAAAUGGGUUAUUCCACAAAUAAAGUGCCAACAAUCAGCAUUUGGACAUUGUCCCUCGUUAUGUUUUUCCGACUUCUGGGAAGAUUUCAACCAACUUCACCCCAAAAUUCCUCCAUGUUUUCAACAUCAUUGAAAUUCUACUGUAAAAAGUUGAACUAGUUAUGUUGUUGCUUUGACAGUUUUUUCUGAAGGUUAUUUAUUUAUGCGAUUUCAUUUGUUUUCCCCUCAUUUUAAGGCCAACCCUGUUAUGUAAACCUGACUCUUUUUAUAUAUUUUUUUAUUUCACCUUUAUUUAACCAGGUAGGCUAGUUGAGAACAAGUUCUCAUUUGCAACUGCGACCUGCCCAAGAUAAAGCAUAGCAGUGUGAACCACAUAUAUUCCUUUUUAAUAUUUUUUUUCCAAAACAAACUGUCAAAUCAGUGUAAAAGCAGGUGAGCUGGUUCUAUUCUUUUUGGCAAUUUUCUGGUGUUUUGUGGUUAAACUGAGCAUGUUGAUUAUAACGCGUCAUACCCGUUACCCAUAGAUUGGAUUUGUUAAAACAUUUCUAGCCAAAGGUGUUGUGAGGCUUGCAUUUAUUUGCAAGUGCACACAAGUGUCCAUUCCCCCUGUCACAAGUGGAUUUAUGGCUGAUUUCGGAUGAAAACCUCAACCCUUAUAUGGUCAACCCUGUUACUUUAAAGACACUUAGUCAUUUUUUUAUUCAACCGCUUAUGUGAAAUUAGUUUGUUUUGACCAAUUUUAACUGCCCAAAGUGUUAUCAUUUUGUGGAAGGACCCACAUGCUACAUAUAGCUCAAUCAGAAAUUCCCUUUAAAAGCUGAAUUGUCGACAACCUGCAGUCGGAUUGAAUCCUGGCCCUAGUUCAGUUAUGGGGGGACUAAGGGUGGGGGAGGAAGGGGGGGUUGGAUUGUGUGUAUGGGAAUAGGGACACCCCUCAGUCAUCCAGGAUAGAAUGGCUUGAACACAAAAUAGAGUAAUGGGAAAGAGGUUCGAUUUCAUGCCUUAGAAAUCCUUAAACGGAUUACAUUUAUAUUGUAUGGAUUUAUUAUUGUAAAACCAGUUACUGUGAUGGGUUCAAUAAAAGUUACGCUUAUUCUGUCAA